AUGAACUCUUGUUCUUUAUAUCACUGUGCUCUGCACACCCUGAGUCUGGCAGUGCUUGUUGCUGGGAAUGUCCACCCAGAAUGUGAUUUUAUGGUAGAGCUAAAGAAAAAGGAAGCUGAAUGUCUGGAGGUCCCACAAGAGCAUGGAAAUGAAACAUCACCAGGUUGCAAGAGAACUUGGGACAAAUUGCUGUGCUGGCCAGAGGCAGAUGCUGGAGAAAUUCUUGCCUUACCAUGUCCAAACAUCCUCUUUCACUUCAUGAAGGAGCCAGCUGGGAUGAUAAAAAGAAACUGCACAAAAAAGGGCUGGUCUGACCCAUUCCCUCCCUACCAUGUGGCCUGUCCAGUAGAAGAUGAGAUUCCUCUUGAAGAACAAUCCUACUUUUCUACUAUAAAGAUCAUCUACACUGUGGGAUACAGCGUGUCCAUCACCUCCCUCAUCAUUGCUGUGACAGUUCUGAUUGCAUUCAGGAGGCUUCGCUGUCCCAGGAAUUAUAUCCAUGUACAGCUCUUUUUUACAUUCAUCUUAAAGGCUAUUGCCAUUUUCAUUAAGGAUGCUGUCCUUUUCCAGGAGGAAGGCAUUGAUCACUGCAGCUUCUCUACAACUGAAUGCAAGAUCUCUGUGGUUUUCUGCCAUUACUUUAUGAUGACCAAUUUCAUGUGGCUGCUGGUGGAGGCUCUCUACCUGAACUGCCUGCUGCUCUCAUCCCUUUCUCAUGGAAGAAGAUAUUUUUGGUGGCUGGUUCUCUUUGGCUGGGGCUUUCCAACACUUUUCACCCUUAUAUGGAUAUUGACAAAAUUCUACUUUGAAGACACAGCAUGCUGGGAUAUUAAUCAAGGUUCUCCUUAUUGGUGGCUAAUCAAAGGACCAAUUAUAAUUUCUGUGGGGGUCAAUUUUGUUCUAUUUAUCAACAUCAUCAGAAUUCUGCUGAAAAAACUAGACCCUAGACAAAUCAACUUCAAUAAUUCUUCUCAGUACAGACGUCUCUCAAGGUCGACUCUGCUUCUAAUUCCUUUGUUUGGAACCCAUUACAUUGUCUUCAACUUCCUCCCAGAAUAUACCAGCCUGGGAGUACGGCUUUAUUUGGAGCUCUGCAUUGGCUCUUUUCAGGGGUUUAUUGUGGCAGUUCUCUACUGUUUCCUGAACCAAGAGUGUGCUCCCCAGCAGAAUUCAACCACGAAACAGCCUUUUCCUUUGUUCCUGAGGUGCAAACGGAGAUCGGCCGGAGGUGGCACGGGAAGAGAUACGGGCUGGUGCCAGUGUGGAGGAGGACCAGGUGGACUGUGCCCUCCAGCUCCGGGGUGAAAAUGACCACAUCUGUGUGCUGAAAACGGCCUCGGGCUCUGGAGGGGAAAAAACCAACCAAACAAACAAAAUUUUACCAAAUGUAACUAUUGCAGCUUAUCCUGAGCAAAUUGGAACAGGAUCCUCCAAUUCUGACCAUGGAGCUUUUUUGCAGGACAAGCAUCGCAAGGACAGAUUAAACCCUGACUGACCUUCUAAACACAAAAUAACCCUCUCAGUGAUAACCCUGCACCACAGCAAACAUAAAAAUCACCUGUUCUGGUUCACUUCUACACUUUCACAAGUAGUACCCUCCAGUGACACCACCUCUGGAAAACAGAAUUAAAUUCUAAUUUAGUGGGUGCUGGAGUCUAUCCAGCCAGUUCAAGCUUUGUUCCAUGUUUUGAUUCUGCAGACACACAAAUAAUAAACCAAAAGCCUUGCUAAACUCCAACACCAUGACUAAAGAAAAUCUUUCAAUGUUGUCUUUUUACAUUUUCUCUUUGAAUCUUUUUCUACUAAAGUUCACAAUAAAACGCUCUCAGGUUCUGAUGUUAUUUCAGGAGUUACAGGUUAGAAAAUUCCUGACAGCCAAGUAGCAGGAAAGGGAGGCAUUGGGAAGGCCAAGGCUCCAUAUGAUAAUCAUUAAGGAAAUUCUUUGCAAGGAAAUGAAAAGAAAAAGCCAACUUUUGCACAGAAAGAGAAUGAGACCCCAGGAGAUGGACUGGGAGACUGCUAGGAAUAUUGCUAAAU